UCCCAUUCCUUAUUUGUAGAUGGCUUCUGUAUGUACACUGAAUUAAUGUUUGUGCUACUCACUGCACAACCCAAAAGGAAAAGUAAGCACAGCUUAUACAUGGCUGACACUAGUUGACCCCUCCCCCCUCCUUGAGUUUAUUUUUAAUGUAAUUCCACUAUUGAAAGCCUCAGACCACAGAGGAAGCGUGCAGCUCAACAAAUUUGUGCUGCAAAAUGUUUGUGUGGCAACCCUUAAUAAAUGGUCACCGCCACUGCUGUUGUCAGUCAGCCACAGCAUAACACAACCAUCCAGAGAUGAGGAGCGCUGCUCUGCACUCCCCACACCCCUGUCCCCCCCCCGAGAAAUCAGGCCUCUCAGCUGUCAUUAUUGCUGACGCCCUGACCCUGAUAAAGGAUUCAUGGUUGUCAGAAAGUUUUCACAGAUUACAGAUAAAGGAUUAUGGAGGAGUGAGAGGCACUGGGUUGUCUAUGAUAGUAACAACCCCUUUUUUCGUUCAUUUAUUAAAAGCCCAUUGAAGGACAGUAGGUGAUUUGCGUUUUAUCAACAUCUCCAAAUCACGAGACGUCGUUAGUGCGAAUAUCUGUGGAAACAGGACAGAAUGUGUCACCAGCUCAUCAGAGAGAGUUUCUAGGUAUGCUUUGCACGUUUGUUUUACCUUCUCGUCCUUGCAUGAGAAACUCCAAGUCCUUGCCAAUGCCUACUCUAGUCAAGGAGAGAAUUUCUCAAGGAUUGGUUUGAGCUGUAAAGACGUGCGUUCCUGGAGGAGCCUGAGGUGGUUCUACAGAUGAGGAUCCGGCUGACUCUCACCAUGCCCACCAAGAUGGCCUCCGACCCCAUUUGCAUGCACUGGAUCCAGUUGUGGCACAGAUGUGUGUUGUCAUGGUGAUCAUUUACAAGAAAACACUGGAAAAGAAGGGUGCUGAUGAUGUAAGGUCCAAAGAGGCAGAUUUGGGGCUGUGCCAGGCGCAGACCAUGAGCCAGGGAACAAAACUUUUCUCUUGCGGACUCAUGGAGACGGGAAGGUGGCGAGACGUGGGCGGGGGCUGCGCCAUGCAGCAGAAGGCUGUGGGCUCCAGCCUGGAGAGCCUGUGGGAUGCGCUGCCCGAGGCCCACCAGAGACACACUCACUGGGGGAUGGAGGUGGGUGCCACCUCGGGCGCCAUCAGCAGCCUCCUGCAGGACUUGAGCCUGACCGAGGCCGCCUCCUCCUCUUCCUCCACCACGGCUCCACCAAGCAAGCGCCAGUGCCGCUCCCUGUCCUGCUCGGACGAGCUGGGGGGCUGGCGAUCCAGCUGGCGUCCUCAGGGCUCGCGGGUGUGGACGGCGGUGGAGAAGAGGCGCUGCCACAGCGGGGGCAGCGUCCAGCGUGGCCUGGCCGGGGGGCUGCACCAGGCAGAUUUUCCAGCCAUGCAGCGCAGCUCCAGCUUCAGUCUGCCCGCCCGUUCCAACACCCUGGAGCUGCCCUGCUUCGCCCAGGCUGGCUGCCCCCCUUCCUCCUCCUCCUCCUUCGUCGGUCUCGGACCCUCCUCCUCCCUCUCCCCGUCCUCCUUGGAACCCCAAACCCAGGCUUUUUACCUCUCCCAUGAACAGAUCUUCCCCCAAGAGCUCCCCGGGCCCUCGCCGCCCAGCUCCCCAGACUCCACCCCCGAGCUGGAGCGCCGUGUGGGGCAGGGGGGACUGGCACGGAGCCGCUCGCAGCCCUGCGUCCUCAACCACAAAAAGAUUGGCAUGAAGCGGCGGAGACCAGCCGACACACACAAGCAGAGGCCUUCCCUGGAUCUGGCCAAGAUGACCCAGAAACUCCGGAAUUUCCAUAGCCUUAGCUGCCCUGGGAUCAUGGGGGAAGACUGCUGCCAGUCAAGCCAGGUCACACCCAUCACCAGGAGCUCCACCCAGUACCAGACAGACUCCCACCCUCCGAGCCACCAGGGGUCAGCCCUACCUCCAGACACCAAAGAGGAUGGUGUCACGCUGAGCACCAAGUCAUGCCCCACCAUCGAGGACCUGGACCCGGACCCCCCAGGCCACCAUGACGUGACAGUGGGGACGACCAAUGGCAAGGAGCGCGAGCCAGUAUGGACGGGCUUAUGCGGCACCAGAAGAGAUCAGUUGGGGGGCGAGCUUGACAUUGAGCAGAUUGAGAGGAACUGAACCCCUACCUAGUGCCCUCAGGGUGAGGGGGGGUGGAGGGGAGACGGUAGAAGAUGAUCUGUAGGUGGUAUAGGAAGUGGUAUAGGAAGAAGAAAAAAAACGGAAAUAGUCUUAAAAGAAGAAGCAAGUGGAAUAGCUAUUGGGGCUAGUGCCUAGACACCUGCUUUGACUGUGAACACUGUGGAGACGAUGGAGAGCAUUGAGAAGGAGCCCAGAGAGGCCCUCGCUGGGCCUGUGUGCACCCUCCUACCCGCCUGUGUCAAAUAUCAUGUCUCUGUAUCUCAAGAGCACGGGUGGACACACACGUGCUCUGGAGGGGUGUGGGUGGGGUACAGAAGAGCUGAGGAAGCUCUGUUGUUUUGACUUCUUAAAGCAUUUCUUUGUUCGCCCCGAUUACCUGUACUUGGAUAUGGAGAGGAUACACAGCAGGCUUGUACAAACUCUCUACACUAGGGAUAGCAGAUGUUUCUGGUGACGUUUCUUAAAUAGUACACAAUGGGUACAUGACGAUGUGCAUGGAGACUACUUUGAGAGCUGCUGUAGAUUCCUUUGUCUAAUGGUAAAUGCACACACACACAAACCUGAAGCCUGAAGUAUACCCCUGGGGCUUAACAUCAACAGACUAUAAAAUUUGGGCUACCAGCAUCUUUCUCCUCUCCGUUUGAGAGAACCUUAGUGAUGCUAAUAGCGUUUAUAUUCUUUCUUUUUACAGUUUGUAACUGCAAAACUAUGUAAAACAUGAACAUAUUUCUUUACAAAUAAACACAGCUUUAAGUGUG